CACACACUGCUAGAGAGAGAGAGAGAGAGAGAGAGAGAGAGAGAGAGAGAGAGAGAGAGAGCUUUCUCAUCGAUCGUUUUUUUUGCCCCGUAUUGAAAUACCAGGAGCAAAGUAGCUUAUCACGAGCCAAGCAAUGACUUUCGCAAGGCAUCAUCGACUGGUUCACCUGACCUCUACUUUGCUCGUCUUUAUUUCUUCGGUUCAUUUAGCACCAAUGCAGGACCCCUAUUCCCGGGGCGUGGAUUGGCUGAGCCGUUAUGGAUACCUGCCUCCUCUAGACCCCCGCACAGGGCAGCUGCAGAGUACUGAUGUCAUUGAGAAGGCUAUCAAAGAAAUGCAGCGAUUUGCUGGCCUUCAAGACACAGGGAAACUUGACAGUGCAACUCUGAAACUGAUGGCUACACCACGUUGUUCAUUGCCAGACAUUAUAGGGACUGCAGAUAUGCUAAAAAAGCGGAGAAGAAAAAGAAGAUAUGCCACUACUGGACUCCGCUGGAGAAAGUCUGAUCUCACUUGGGGCAUUCAAAAUUACCCAUCCUUCCAACCAAUUCUUAAACCUCAUGAAGUAGAUGAUAUAAUAAGGUAUGCUUUUAAAGUCUGGAGUGAUGUUACCAACCUCAAGUUUCACGUAAGCCAGCAGGACAAACCAGAUAUCAAGAUUUCUUUUGCUCGCUCACUCCAUGAUGAUGGAUACCCGUUUGAUGGGAGGGGAGGGACACUUGCUCAUGCCUUCUUCCCAGGAGAGUCUGAUGUUGCUGGUGAUACACAUUUUGAUGAUGAAGAGAGCUGGACCUACAUAGACAAGAGUGGCACUGAUUUAUUUGCAGUGGCUGUGCAUGAAUUUGGUCAUGCUUUGGGCCUCUCUCAUUCUUCCACUCACCCUUCUAUCAUGCAACCAUACUAUCAGGGUGAUGUUGGAGAUAUGGCAAAAUACACUCUUCCAGAGGAUGAUCGUUUAGCAAUUCAAUCAAUCUAUGGAAGAAAGAGCAUGUGGACACCUACCCCAAAUAACCCUACAUCACACCUGCCCAAACCACCAAACCCUCCUCAACCCAGAGUAACAUCACAACCUGAUCCAUCAGUCCCGAAUCGUUGUAAUGGAGGUUUUGAUGCAGUGGCAAACAUCAGAGGAGAAGUUUUCUUUUUUAAGGGUCCAUAUUUUUGGAGAAUUCAAAGAUCUGGUUCUCUUAUUUCCCUUCAACCGGCUCGCAUAGAAAAUUUCUGGUUUGGGCUUCCUCCUGGAACUGCUAAGAUAGAUGCAGUUUAUGAAAGAAAAACGGACAGUAAAAUCAUCUUCUUCAUAGGCUCACAGUACUGGGUAUUUAAAGACACUGUUGCGCUUCCUGAGUACCCACGUCCUUUGUCUGAUUGGGGGCUGAUCUCUCAUUAUGGAAAAAUGGUAAAGAGGGUGGAAGCAGCAUUUACUUGGGCUCAUAACGGCAAAACAUAUCUCUUCAGUGGUGGAGAAUUCUGGCGGAUCACUGAGAGCAAGACAGAGACGCUACGCCCAGAUCCGGAUUAUCCUAGACAAUCUUCCCUCUGGAAGGGUGCACCCAAUAACCCAGAUGACAUCAUCACUUGGGGAGAUGGAGAUGCAUAUUUCUUCAAGAACAACUCAUAUUGGGUAUUGAAGAGCGGAGGACUGGACCAAGACAUUGUCAGUCACCGAUCAACAGCAGUUGAUUGGAUGAUGUGUCAAGAAUCAGCUCCCACCAAGCUUCCAAGCAAUCCACGCUCAAGAGAAGGAAACUGUUACUGUGACUUCAACAGUUCCGUAAUGCAUAGUACUUCCUCUUGGUUAGUAUCAGUCAUAUUAUUGCAUUAUCUAGCCGUUUUCAUAUAGGCAUCAAAUUCCUGGCAACGAGUUUUGUAAUAAGACAUUCUUCAUCUGACUUAUUUUUUAUGAACCAUAACUUAAAAGUACUUCAAAUGUAUAUGAAUAAUGUUUAAAAGCAGCUUAACAGAAUUAGGGUUAGGGUUUUAGUACAUUGUGAAUAUAUUUUAUGGUUUGAUCUAUUAAAGUGUGAUUUAUAUAAAUGUUUUUGUAAAUCUCAUUAAAGGUGAAAGGCAAUUAAUAUGAACUGAACUUUACAAAUGUUUUACUUUUUAUAGUUUAUUUUUGAACAGUAUAGGUUUAUACUUUAUAGUUUAUACUUUAGCAAAAGCCACUCAUAUUAAGUUUGUGCAUGCUACUCCUUCUGUACCACUUAGGGAUGGGAAGAUUCCCAGAUUCACUCGGUGCAUUGGCAAAAAAAAUGAAUGAUGCAAUGCAUUGGUUUAAAAACUGUGCAUCAGAUAUAAAUUAGCACUGCAUCGUGAUGCAUCAUUUUUAACAUAUGUUGCAUCUAAGGUUGGGACAAUUAAUCGUGCAAAUGCAUUAGUGAAUUCAUUUGAAUGAAUUACUGUGAAAUGCCACCACAUCCAAAAGCCAGAGGGCUCUCGUGCAGAAACUCCAUUUGUGCCACAGAAGAAGUACCAUUACAAACGCUACUGCAGAAAAUGUCUAUAAGCAUGUUUACAUCGCUGUUCUUCAAAUUGUUUAAGGUAUUUUCAUGAUAAUAAAGAAUAUUUUGAAUGACUGUG